AGAGCGCGGCAGCUCCGUUGGCGCGAAAGUCGGUUCGCGAUCUCAGUUAUUUCCGUGUUGUGCCUCGGCUUUGGGCUGGGGGCGCCGCCGGGGGCGGUCAGAGGACGGCGGGGGUUGCUCCUUUCCAGCCCCCGUCCCCCGCCGACGUUCUGCGGGCCGCGAGUCCCCCACUCUCCGCCGGAAGACCCCCAGCCUCCACCGAGUUCAAAAAAUGUCCAGAAAUGACAAGGAACCGUUCUUUGUGAAGUUUUUAAAGUCUUCAGACAAUUCUGAAUGUUUUUUUAAAGCUCUUGAGUCAAUAAAAGAGUUCCAAUCAGAAGACUAUCUUCAGAUUAUUACAGAAGAGGAGGCAUUGAAAAUAGAGCAGAGUGAUAGAUCGCUUUAUAUCUGCGAUCCUUUUAGUGGUGUUGUCUUUGAUCACCUCAAAACGCUUGGCUGCAGAAUUGUUGGUCCUCAAGUAGUCAUGUUUUGUAUGCACUACAACCGAUGUGUCCCAAGAGCUGAACAUCCGGUUUAUAAUAUGGUUAUGUCUGAUGUAACUGUAUCUUGUACAAGCCUGGACAAAGACAAAAGGGAAGAAGUUCAUAAAUAUGUACAAAUGAUGGGUGGACGCGUAUACAGAAACCUUAAUAUAUCAGUAACUCAUCUUAUUGCAGGAGAAGUUGGUAGCAAGAAAUACUUAGUUGCUGCAGGCCUAAAGAAACCUAUUUUGCUUCCUUCUUGGAUAAGAACGCUUUGGGAGAAGUCACAAGAGAAAAAAAUAGCUAGAUAUACUGAUAUAAGCAUGGAAGAUUUCAAGUGUCCUAUUUUUCUUGGUUGCAUUAUCUGUGUGACUGGAUUGUGUACCUUAGACAGGAGGGCAGUUCAGCAACUCACAGUUAAGCAUGGAGGUCAAUACAUGGGCCAGUUGAAAAUGAAUGAAUGUACACACCUUAUUGUACAAGAACCAAAAGGUCAGAAAUAUGAAUGUGCCAAGAGAUGGAAUGUACACUGUGUGACCACAAAAUGGUUUUUUGACAGUGUCGACAAAGGUUUUUGUCAGGAUGAAUCCAUAUACAAGACAGAACCUAGGCCAGAAGCGAAGAUUAUGCCUGAUACUUCGACUCCUGCUGGCCAGAUGAACACAACUGAUAGUCAUACUCUUUCAGAUGCCAGCCAUAUUUCCACCAUCAGUGCAAGUUGCAUAAAUGAAUCAAUGUGUAAUUCAGUUCUUAAUGGCAAAGUGGAGGCUACACUUGCAAAUCUAGAAAGUCUGGAUGUCAGUGCAUUUCAAGCACCUGAAGAUUUAUUAGAUGGUUGUCGGAUAUACCUUUGCGGUUUCAGUGGGAGAAAGCUAGAUAAACUCAGAAGGCUUAUUAACAGUGGAGGUGGAGUUCGUUUCAAUCAGCUCAAUGAAGAUGUAACUCAUGUUAUUUUGGGAGAUUAUGAUGAUGAAUUGAAGCAGUUUUGGGAUAAAUCAGCCCACAGGCCUCAUGUAGUGGGAGCAAAAUGGUUGCUAGAGUGUUUUAGUAAAGGUUAUAUGCUUCCUGAAGAGCCAUAUAUCCAUUGGAACUACCAGCCAGUGGAAAUUCCAGUUUCAGAUCAACCUGCAGUUAAAACAGCCCUUUUAAAAAAACCCAGCAGCUUCUCUCAGAAAGACAUUGCUUCUAAUGAAAAGCAUAAGCAAGCUGAUGAAGAUCUGCUCUCUCAGUAUGUAAAUAAACUGCCAAUAGUUGAAGCUGCAGAGUCUGAAGUUGGGCCAUUUAAUGAUUCUACUCAUAUUUCUCUGCAAGAAGAAAACCAGUCUUCUGUUAGUCACUGCUUUCCUGACACUUCUACAGUUACUGAAGAAGGUUUAUUUAGCCAAAAGAGUUUCCUUGUUUUGGGUUUUAGUAAUGAAAAUGAGCCUACUAUUGCAAAUAUCAUAAGAGAAAACGCUGGAAAAAUCAUGUCCCGUCAGAGCAGAACUGUUGCUGAUUAUGCUGUGGUUCCUCUGCUGGGAUGUGAAGUAAAAGGAACUGUAGGAGAAGUUGUUACGAAUACAUGGCUGGUAACUUGUGUAGACUAUCAGACUUUAAUUGAUCCAAGGUCAAAUCCUCUCUUCACGCCAGUCCCAGUAAUGACAGGAAUGACUCCUUUAGAGGAUUGUGUUAUUUCAUUCAGCCAGUGUGCAGGAGCAGAAAAAGAUUCAUUGACAUUCUUAGCAAAUCGCCUUGGAGGAAGCGUUCAAGAAUUCUUCGUUCGCAAAUCCAAUGCAAAAAAAGGCCUGUUUGCCAGUACACAUCUUAUAUUGAAAGAACCAAGUGGUUCUAAAUAUGAAGCAGCCAAGAAAUGGAAUUUACCGGCAGUUGCUAUAGCUUGGCUGUUGGAAACUGCUAGAAUGGGAAAGAAAGCAAAUGAAAGCCAUUUUCUCAUUGAAAAUUCACCUAAAGAAGAACAAAGUUUGGAGACUGAAAUCACAAAUGGAGUGAAUCCAAAUCCAGAUUCUUCAGAGCAUCCUGUCACACACCUGGAAACUCUCAGAAAAACAGCCAUUACACCUUUAGAUAUGAACCGCUUUCAGAGUAAAGCAUUCCAUGCUGUGAUCUCACAACAAACCGGCCAGGUUCCAGUCUCCCCAGCAGUAGAACAGCCACUUCAGAAGGAACCCUCAUUACACCUGGAUACACCAUCAAAAUUUCUGUCUAAGGACAAACUCUUCAAGCCUUCCUUUGAUGUGAAGGACGCGCUUGCAGCCUUGGAAACUCCAGGAGGCCCCAGCCAACAGAAAAGGAAACUGAGUACACCACUCUCAGAAGUCAUUAUCAGAAACUUGAACCUUGCUUUGGCAAAUAGCUCUCGAAAUGGUGUUGAUGCUGUCGCUCUGUCUGCCAGCCCUCAUCUGAAGGAUUCCCAAACAGAAAAGGAAGAAGCUCCAAAGCCACUUCACAAGGUGGUGGUGUGUGUGAGUAAAAAACUCAGUAAGAAGCAGAGUGAACUAAAUGGGAUCGCAGCCUCUCUGGGAGCAGAUUACAGAUGGAGUUUUGAUGAAACAGUGACUCAUUUUAUCUAUCAAGGCCGACCAAAUGACACUAACCGAGAAUAUAAAUCUGUAAAAGGAAAAGGAGUACAUGUUGUUUCAGAGCACUGGCUUUUAGAAUGUGCCCAAGAGCAUAAACAUCUUCCUGAAUCUCUUUAUCCACAUACUUAUAAUCCCAAAAUGAGCUUGGAUAUCAGUGCAGUGCAAGAUGGCAGACUCUGUAACAAUCGUCUACUCUCAGCCGACUCAGCAAUGAAGGGUGAAGAGCCAGAUCAUUUACCUGUAGAAGAAAAUGACAUAGGCAAUAUGACCACCAGUAAUAAAGAAACAGCAACAUCAAAUGGAAAUGGAAGGAGUAACUUUAAAGGAGCUCUGACACAGACACUGGAAAUGAGAGAGAACUUCCAAAAGCAGCUGCAGGAGAUAAUGUCCGCGACAUCUAUAGUGAAACCCCAGGGGCAAAGGACUUCUCUUUCAAGAAGUGGUUGUAACAGUGCUUCUUCAACCCCUGACAGCACUCGCUCAGCCCGCAGUGGACGGAGUAGAGUCCUAGAGGCCCUGAGGCAAUCUCGUCAAAUAGUACCUGAUAUCAACACAGAGCCCUCCCAAAAUGAACAAAUCAUUUGGGAUGACCCUACAGCCAGGGAGGAGAGAGCAAGGCUUGCCAGCAAUUUGCAGUGGCCUAGUUGUCCCACCCAAUAUUCUGAGCUUCAAGUUGACAUUAAAAAAUUGGAGUAUUCUCCUUUCCAGGAGCCAUUACACGAUUCAGAAAUUGCUGAACAGGCUGUCUGUGAUCCUGGAAACACAUGUGUGGCUGAAGCUCCAAAACAUCUGAUCUCUGAAGAACUGGAAACUCCUAUAAAAGACAGCCAUCUUAUCCCUACACCUCAGGCCCCCAGUAUUGCCUUCCCACUAGCCAACCCACCUGUGGCUCCACACCCUAGAGAAAAGAUUAUGACAAUAGAAGAGACUCAUGAAGACUUAAAAAAACAGUACACAUUUCAGUUGUCAUCUCUUAAUCCUCAGGAACGUAUUGAUUAUUGUCAUCUAAUUGAAAAACUAGGUGGAUUAGUGAUAGAGAAGCAGUGCUUUGAUCCCAACUGUACACACAUUGUCGUGGGACAUCCACUUCGAAACGAGAAGUAUUUAGCCUCAGUAGCAGCUGGGAAGUGGGUGCUUCAUCGCUCCUACCUUGAGGCAUGCAGGAUUACUGGGCGCUUUGUGCCGGAAGAAGACUAUGAAUGGGGAACUAGUUCCAUACUUGAUGUUUUGACUGGAAUCAGUGUACAGCAACGAAGACUAGCACUUGCAGCAAUGAGAUGGAGAAAAAAAAUUCAGCAAAGACAAGAAUCAGGCAUUGUUGAGGGAGCAUUUAGUGGGUGGAAAGUUAUCUUACAUGUUGAUCAGUCCCGAGAAGCAGGAUUCAAACGCCUUCUUCAGUCUGGAGGAGCAAAAGUGCUACCUGGUCAUUCUGUACCUUUAUUUAAAGAAGCCACACAUCUCUUUUCUGACUUUAAUAAACUAAAACCAGAUGACUCAGAACUUAAUAUAGCAGAAGCUGCUGCCCAGAAUGUGUACUGCUUGAAAACAGAAUACAUUGCUGAUUAUCUUAUGCAGGAAUCCCCUCCUCCAGUAGAAAAUUACUGUCUACCAGAAGCUGUUUCAUUUCUUCAGAAUAAUAAGGAACCUGGAUUAUCACAAAAGAGGAAAGCUCCAACAGACAAAAAUAAAACCAAACGACCUAGAGUGAACUAAAUAUGCUUAGUUAUCACUUUAAAUGUUUUUAAAAUUGAAAGCCUGAAUGUUGCUGUGAUGGAUUUGUAUGGUAAUUUAAAGACAAGUAUCUGAAGAAUUCAGUUUCAGAGUGUAAUGAUGAACCUGUUUGAAAUUAGUUUUUUACACCUGAAGUUUUAAUCACUGAAAUAUCAACCAUUCCUGAAUGGAAACUUAUUGAAAUAACAAAACACAACUCCUCAGCUGCCUUAUCAUUAAACCACAUUGAAGUAUG